AUGCCAGAGCCAUCCAACCCCGGCGUGGGCGCAACCGUCCACAAUGGCGUCGACACUCCUCUCUCCAAUCGCUCCUCCUUCUCUCUUCUGACCACGAAUCCUGCGACUCCUGCGACCGGCGCACAAACCCCAGAUCCUCUCUUGAACCCCCAGCCCGUCGUCAAUGAAGAUGCGCUGAAGAACCUCCACUUUGGCGAAAAUGGCUACGAACUCGAGACCAGAACGGAGCAGCAUUUGACGAACCGAAAGCAGUCGGUCUCGCAGCAUGUUGAGCCUGACCCAGAGUCACGACCGGCUUCGCCCAAGGGCAAGACUCAGGGUGUACCCCCCGAACUGCGCAACUUUACUUCAGAGCUUAUCCUCAUCACCGUCUGUUCUGCCGGCCUCAUGUUCUUCUCCUUCUUCCUGGGUGACAUCCUCGUCAACCAGCAGAAAUUCCGUGAAGUGCUGGGCAUCAAGAAUACAGAACUGCCGUGGUUGGUGGGCGCGUUCAAUGUCGCGAAUGGAUUGUCAGUUGUUGUAUCUGGCUCCCUGACGGAUUUAACACCCCCAAAAAGCCUCAUGGUCGGGGCAUUUGCGUGGUUGACUGUCUGGAAUAUCAUCGGGGCCUUCUCCCUCCACCCAUCACGAUAUAUCCUUUUCUUUGUCAUGCGGGCCAUGCAAGGACUGGCGAUUGGUGUCUUGGUGUCUGGCAGCAUGAGUAUUCUCGGUCGGAUUUAUAAACCGGGUAUUCGCAAGAACCGUGUGUUUUCGGCCAUGUCUGCCUGUGCACCCUUUGGGUUUUCUCUGGGAGCGAUUCAAGGUGGCGCCCUCCAUUCGCACCUGGAGUGGAUUUUCGGGACAAAUGCUAUCAUCACUGCUAUGUGCUGUGUUGGUGCAUACUUUUCCAUCCCAACUCUUCGCCCAGUGGCCGAUGUUGCUGGCGCUGAAGCCCCCUCUCUUCGCGAAUUCGACUUUAUCGGAGCUGCUUUUGCUAUUGGUGGCUGUGUCUGCUUGCUCUUUGGAUUGACACAGGGAUCCGUCACCAAGUGGUCGCCUUACACAUAUGCACUGAUUGCCGUUGGCGUUGUUCUUUUGGUUGCGCUUUUUUUGUAUGAGAAGCGCGCCCGUCGUCCAUUGAUUCCCACCCGUCUCUGGAAUACGACAGGGUUCACUCCUCUGAUGGUGGCGUACUUCCUCGGGUUCGGUUCCUUCUUUGGUGCCUGGCAAUUCUACGCUAUUCAAUUCUGGUUGCGGAUCCAGCAUGCAACCCCUAUUGCAGUGGCAUUGUAUCAUAUCCCCAACGCUGUUGUGGGUGUUUUGGCCACCUUCAUCGUCAGUCGGACUCUCCAUAUCAUGCCAGGCCAUUAUAUCUACACAGCCUCCAUGUUUGCAUUCACCCUUGGACCAGCCUUCUUCCUCCCGCAAACCCCGAACACGACCUACUGGGCUCUUUCAUUGCCAGGUGUUGCGCUUGUCACUUUCGGUCCAGACAUGGCCUUUGCGGCAGCAUCCAUCUUCAUUACGAGUAACGUUGCCCGGUCGUAUCAAGGAAGUGCUGGCAGUUUGCUCGUGACCAACCAGAAUCUAUCCUCUGCCAUCAUAACUAGUAUUGCUGAUGCAAUCGGCACCAGAGUAGAUCCCACUCCAGAUGGAGAGGUGGGACUGGAUGGUCUCAGAUCGAUCUGGUGGUUUGCGCUGGGAUGCCAGCUACUUGCCGCGUUGAUCACGGUGGUCUGGGUACGUAUUCCAAAGGAAGAGGAGAAGGAGCACGUUACUUGA